GCGGCUUCAGCGCUUCUCUGACGCACCAUCGGAGAUGAGCAUCCCAGUCCCACAGGCUGUCAAGGCACAAUCUCUCAACAUCUCCCCCUCGGACCUCUGACAAUUCAACGUCAUUUGUUUUUAGUCUGUUUACCGUGUCGCUUCGUUGUCUCGUAAUCCGUCAGAUUCAGCACUGCGUUGGAAGGGAUGCCCACAGUUGUCAUCUCUUGGCUUGGAAUUUACUUCGGAGGUGAUUUCUGUAUCCGCAACAACUGUCAAGGAAAGUGAUUGAUCCCUGACUACUCUUAGGAAUCUUUUUGUUUUCGGGGCAUCCAGCAGGACAUUCUUCUAAGAUAAGUGGUUCAAAUUAAAGGUGAAGAGGGGUUGAAUUAGAGGGCUGCUGUGACAGGAGAUCGUUUGGAUGACGGACACCGAGAGGCUAUAGCUUUGCCACUGCAACGCGAAUUUCUGCGCCCUUGGAAUAUUCUGAUAGAGGCACUGUUAUAGAGUAGAAACAUUUGUUUUAUUUUUCUUAGUACAGUAAUAAUCAAUACGACGAGUUUGGGCACUGCAGGGGCUGCUGCGGCUUUCGUGUCUGCUCUGUUUUGAAAUACGAUUUCCUUGACGGGCGGGCGUCUGAGCAUCCCGGACUAGCCCGACUCUGCGAUGCCCAAACAGUGAGGGCACGGUGGGAUCUCACUUGGUCACCCUGCACUGUAGCAUGGCUCCAGCCCGGAGGGACUGCAGCGGCUGGGAGAUGUUCCUCCCGACGGGAUGUCUGCUCCUCUCUGUUUUGCUAUUUCACCCUGCCCUGGCCAAGGUGUGUAACGACCGCACCAAACACGGACAGGACAACAGCUGGUUCGCCAGGGACGGGGAAAACUUGCCCAUCAUGGUGCUUAUGCCCAUGAACGAGUCGGCCCUGAUGAGCGGCAUCAGCCAGGGCAUCGAGCCCGCGGUCCAACUGGCCAUCCAGCACAUACGGGAGUCCAGGAAGUACUCGUUCUCACUCAUCACCAAAAUCUAUGACACCGAGUGUGACAACGCCAAGGGGCUGAGGGCCUUCUUCGAUGCCAUAUGCUACGGCCCCAAACACCUGAUGAUCUUCGGCGGCGUGUGCCCUUCAGUGACCUCCAUCAUCGCAGAGUCUUUGGAGGGCUGGAACCUGGUGCAGGAUCUGACAGAGUAA